AUGAAGGAUGAAGAGGAAGGACUGAAGGAUGAAGAGGAAGGACUGAAGGAUGAAGAGGAAGGACUAAAGGAUGAAGAGGAAGGAGUGAAGGAUGAAGAGGAAGGACUGAAGGAUGAAGAGGAAGAAGUGAAGGAUGAAGAGGAAGGACUGAAGGAUGAAGAGGAAGGAGUGAAGGAUGAAGAGGAAGGACUGAAGGAUGAAGAGGAAGGAGUGAAGGAUGAAGAGAGAAGGAUGAAGAGGAAGGAUGAAGGAUGA